ACAAAAGGGGGGUCCUCCCACUGGUGGUAGUCCUCCAAGACGUUGUCUUCCAGGAGUAUCUGCAUGAAAAGCAGCACCCUGCGCAAGAUCCAAGCAUAGUUAGUUUUGAACCUCUCAGUGGAACCAUGUGAAUUCUGAGUGGGCUUUGCUCGAGCCAUCAUGGUGUUCCAUUAGCAGAAUGACCGGGACAACGCCUUUAGGGAAGGACAGCGUGUUUGGGAGGACCACUCCUUUCACUCCGUCGGUUGUAGGCGGUUCUGCUUCUCCACCUCCUGUUGCCAGUAGGCAUGCAGCUGCUGCUGCUGUUGUUGGAGUAGCUGUUCUUGCUGGCAGCACAGCUGCUGCUGCCAUUGUAGGUGGAGAUGGUGCUGUUGCAGUAAUGCCGCUUGCUGUUGUUGCUGGUGGUGUUGCUCCAGCUGCGCCUGUAACAGAAGUCGAAGGUGCUCCUGGAGGCACGCCUGGUACAUCUCGUUUUGGUCAUGCCUUUGUUGUGCCUGGCAUUGCCCUUGUUGCAGCAUCUGUAGUUGCAUGUGAUCCUGGUGCUUCUGCUGGUGCUGUUGUUGGAUGUGCUGGCGGCUCAUCAGCUCUUGCUUCUGUUGUUCUUGCAGCAGGAGGUGUUGUUGUUGUUGCUGUUGCAUUCUCUGGUGGUUGUCGCGAUCCUGCUGCAUCUGCAUUUGGUUGAGCUGAUCUUGCUGGUUUUGCUGACAGAGCACCUGGUGGCGCUGCUGUUCUUGCUGAACUCGCUGUUGUUGGAGCUCUAGGUGCAGCUGCU